GGGAGGGAGGGAGGGAGUGGAGAGAGCGCCGGAGAGAAAAAAAGAGAGAGAGCGAGCGGGGUGGGGGAACGCUCGCAUAUGUUCAUGCCUGCGCGUACGCUAGCUGCUCUCGGGUCGCACGGCGGAAAGAAGAAGGAAUAAGGCGACACCCGGGCGGCCAUAUGCUGAGGAUCUGGUGGGCGUCUGACUGAGGGGGAUCUUCGCCUUUUCGUGGAGCCGUGAACCAUGGGGAGCUCGCACUUACUGAACAAAGGCCUGCCUUUAGGCAUCAGGCCUCCAAUACUAAACGGACCCAUGCACCCUCGCCCCCUGGUGGCGCUGCUGGACGGCCGCGACUGCACGGUGGAGAUGCCCAUCCUGAAGGACGUGGCCACGGUGGCCUUCUGCGACGCCCAGUCCACCCAGGAGAUCCACGAGAAGGUGCUGAACGAGGCGGUGGGCGCCCUCAUGUACCACACCAUCACACUCAUGCGCGAGGACCUGGAGAAGUUCAAAGCUCUUCGGAUCAUCGUGCGCAUCGGCAGCGGCUUCGACAACAUCGACAUCAAAUCCGCCGGAGAACUAGGCAUCGCGGUGUGUAACAUGCCCUCAGCAUCGGUGGAAGAAACGGCCGACUCCACAAUCUGUCACAUCCUCAACCUGUACAGACGCACCACCUGGCUGCACCAGGCCCUCCGCGAGGGCACGCGGGUCCAGAGCGUGGAGCAGAUCCGAGAGGUGGCGUCCGGAGCCGCCCGCAUCCGAGGGGAGACGCUGGGCAUCAUCGGCCUCGGGCGUGUCGGUCAGGCCGUAGCUCUGAGAGCCAAAGCGUUUGGAUUUAACGUGAUCUUUUAUGAUCCGUACCUGUCGGACGGGAUGGAGCGAGCGCUGGGACUGCAGAGGGUCAACACCCUACAGGACCUGCUGUUCCACUCCGACUGUGUUACACUGCACUGCAGCCUGAACGAGCACAACCACCACCUCAUCAACGACUUCACUAUCAAACAGAUGCGGCAGGGAGCGUUCCUGGUGAACACGGCGAGAGGAGGGCUGGUGGAUGAGAAGGCUCUGGCUCAGGCGCUGAAGGAGGGCAGAAUACGCGGAGCAGCUCUGGACGUCCACGAGUCUGAACCAUUUAGUUUCAGCCAGGGGCCACUGAAGGACGCCCCAAAUCUGAUCUGCACCCCUCACGCUGCCUGGUACAGCGAGCAGGCCUCCAUCGAGAUGAGAGAGGAGGCGGCCCGGGAGAUCCGCAGAGCCAUCACCGGUCGCAUCCCAGACAACCUGAAGAACUGCGUAAAUAAAGAGUUUCUCACACAGUCCACCCACUGGGCGGGCAUGGACCCUGCCAUCCACCCGGAGCUCAAUGGAGCCUACAGGUACACUUCAGGCGUGGUCAGCCUGGCGUCCGGCGGUCUUAUACCACCAGUGGAGGGCAUAGUGCCAAGCGCAGUGCCUAUCAGCCACAGUCUCCCGCCAGUAGCACACCCGCCCCACGCGCCGUCUCCGGGCCAGACGGGCAAACCCGAGCCCGACCGGGAGCAGCACCCUAACGAGCUAUUGUAGCCUCGACGCUGUCGACCCUGUCGUCAAGUUUUGUUUUGUGUUGUACCACUAGAGAACUCUCCAGGUCCCCCUCUACCCCAGAGAAGAGGAGCGGACCGGAUCGGAACCAGCCACGAAAAAACAAACACACCCACGACCGUGACUGUCCGUCUAACGUAGCCGAACUCUGAGCGAAGGAUCUCGCUUCCUCCCGUACUCUCUUCAUCCUCUGUUUGUUAAAAAAGAAAGAAUUUGAAAAAGCGACAUCGCCCUACAGCGCCUCCUGCUGGUUUAGAUUGACGUUUCCCUUUCCUCUCUGUGUCUGAUUGGUUUGUUGUCCAAAAAAUAAUCAGCCGUAGUUUCAGGAUGUACGACUUCUGUGUACAGUUUUUAGAUUCUGACGAGUUGUUUGUAGAAAAGAAAAAAAGAAAAACAGCAUCACUCAUGAAUCACAGAUAUUCCACACACACACACACACACACACAUGCACGCCAAUCUUUUUUUUUAAAUCAACUUUUUAAUUGUUUGUACCAUUUUUAUUUCUGAUAUUAUUUAAAAAGCCCCGAAAGAGGCCGGUUUUGCACACCCUCUCAGGAAAAAUGAACCCCCACACACCUCCACGACCACACCUCCACCUUCACCUCGUCCUCCCGGAAUCAAACCCCACGGUGCAUUGUUUCUGUACUCGUGCGCCUUUCUGUAGUCCGACAAAGUAUACCACGGUCUUCAUUUGUAUUCUUUCCUGCUCCUGUUUGUUAGCUUAGCAUGUGCUACCUUACGUGUAAAAGGUAAAACAGAUUAAAAAAAGGUCCGUCUCGUGAAAAGCCGG